CCGCCCCGUGGAGGGUGUACUCCCUUUUUCUCCUCGCGCUCCCGCACACUCCGAAUCCGCCGGAAAGUUAUUGGUUGAGUGAUCCGUUUCAUUGAGAGUCAUUGGCUUGCGCAAAUCAGGAUAAUGCUCCUCAGGUCUGCCACGACUACAAAGGCGGAUACACAGAGCAAGAAGAUCCUCUCCGUAUUCACUAUACAUUCAACUUCUGGAAAUUUUUCACACAACCAGGUUGCCCCUCCUCCAAUCGGUUGGGUUAACGCUGCACACCGGCAUGGGGUCAAAAUACUUGGGACCUUGAUCCUUGAGCACAAGAAAUCCAUCCCCGAUCUGCUGCAAUACUUCAGGGGGGAUGGUCACGGUAUUAACAGAAGUUCUAUUGAAAAACUUGUUUCACUGGCUAAAGAACGGAACUUUGAUGGCUAUCUACUGAAUAUUGAAUGCGAGGUACCAGACGCAGAGACGAACAUCCCACUUCUCAUUGAGUGGAUUUCUACACUACGAAAAACUUUGACCGAUGAGCUUGGAUCUCACGCCCAGCUAAUAUGGUAUGAUAGUAUCGUCACGACCGGCGAAUUGGAAUGGCAAAAUCAAUUAAAUGAGAAGAACUUUCCAUUCUUCGACGCUGCUUCCUCGAUAUUCACGAAUUACACUUGGCCGACUCAUUUCCCUCAAGAAUCAGCGGAGUUCCUAAAAGAUAUAUUAGAAAAUGGUGAUUCAUCUGAACCGUUGAAAACAUACAGCGAUAUUUUUUGCGGUGUUGAUAUGUGGGGCCGAGGCUCGUAUGGUGGGGGUGGCUUCGGCGCGUACAAGGCGCUUCAAUGCAUCGACCCAAAGGUCUCCCGGCUGAGUGCAGCGAUCUUCGCACAAGCUUGGUCGUGGGAAUCCCAGGAGGAUGAGCCAGACUGGACUUGGCAAGCAUGGUGGGAACAUGAUAAUCUCCUAUGGCUCGGCGCACCGGCUAGGAACCACGAUUUUAACGCCACUCGUUCCAGCCAAGAUCAGGAGAAGAGCCAGCUCGUUCCUGGAGCAUACUCGGAUGAGGUGCAAUCUGUGCCGCUCGCCUCGUUCUUCAUCGCCUCUCCCCCUCCCCCGCCCGAUGUCUUACCGUUCCACACAACAUUCAGUCCAGGAGUAGGGAAUGUAUUUUUCGUCGAAGGAGAGAAGCAUUUUAUAUCAUCUCGGGGCUGGACGGAUUUGGACAAGCAAACCUCCCUCGGAAGCCUCGUGUGGCCAACGAUCGCACUGUUGGUUGAAUCACAAGAUGGGGACCAUUCAGAUUUGGUGCUUUGCCGCUCUCACUUGGCGAAGCCCUCGCUCUGUUUUGAUGAUGCCUGGCUUGGCGGGUCUUCCCUGAACAUCACAGUCACCAAAGAUUCCAUCCCCAUUCCCGAUGAGGAUCUUCCAAAAACGUUCAUGAUACCUGUUGAAAAGGUAACAUUGCUUCCUAACCGUCGUUACAACUAUCGGACGGUUAGCAAGAGUACCGCCGUGUAUGUGGUGAAGCCUUUUGCUAGGCUGUCCGGUCAGAACUCCUGUGUGCCUCUGACGACUGUCGAUCUCAUUGCGUUGUCAAACGGAUGGGAGGAAUCGAGGAGUGUUUUGGUCAUCGAAGAAGUUGACGCUUCAGGGCUUUAUGUAGACGUCGAGAUAGGAAUAGAGGUCUCUGCUGUUGGGGAUGCCGUUCCUGCGCAGGAGAUGAACGUAUAUCUGGGCCAGAUGUCGCUUUCAUUGGAAUCGUUAACACCCCCACCACGAAUUUUAUCGCUUGACUGGAUACCGACAGGGCUUCCAGCUUCGGUAGUCAAUGGGACUUUACAAUGGGAUGUCCAUCAGGACCUGGCUCCCGCCGACGAAGCUUCGUCGUGGGCAUACUUCCUUGUAUUCACGCACAAUGACGUGGGUAUCACCCCCCAGCACCCCAUCUUCAUCGGAACAACCGUGGGGAAUGCGACAGAGUUUGAUGUCGUCCAGCUCCCUCGCGAAUCGCCAAACUCGACAGUCGGCGAUGCCAGCGAUGAAGUCACAAGCCACCAAGCUCGGCUCUCCCUCAGAAGGUCCUCUUCAUUAGAGGAGUAACUCUCACAGGGGAACUCAGCAAGGAUCGCCAUUUCUCGAUCGUUUAGGCCUUGCACGAGGAUGCGGAUUGCCCGUUCUUGUGCACCGCCCGGCAUCCCGUUUCCCUUUUCCGACCGGUCGCAUCGCGUUCAAAGAGUAUAUGUAUAUCGCACUACUAUGUCAAUGUAGAAACGUUAGAUCCGACGCAUUUUAGCCACAAAAUACUCAAUUCUAAAAGCGGAAAGGCGC